AUGUCAUAUUUCUCAAGAAAAGAACAAAAUUUAAAUAUUAGUGUCACUAUACUUUCUUUAAAUUGGCGAGGAAUUACUGAGGAUUUGAAACAGAGGUUGAUAAUAUUACAAACUAUUUGUUGUAACUCUAUGUUAUCCACUGGAGUUAGAAACAUAGAGUGAGCAAUGUUGACGACAUGAGGAUCUGAUGUAUCAAGAAUUGAGUUUUGAUCAAUCUGACUUGUUAUUUGCUCACCUAUAUCAACAAAAUAUUUAUUAAAAACACAGGCUAUAUCAGUGGGAGCGUCCAGCUGCUGAUUAUUGUGAUUAAUUGAUUUUACGUCAUUUUUUUUUAUUUUGUCAGCA